ACUAGGCAACUUCAACAGCAGCAGCGGAAAAAAAUAGUAAAGAAGGUGGAGAGGAGGGAAAAAUACGGGCUCAGAUCUGGAGACUCAUCGGGGAUGGGAAUGAUGUAGUCCAGAUUUCUCCAAAUAUCCCUGCACCGGGAAGCGGAUCGUCUUGGUCUUUUAGAAGGGACAUGGAUUCCUACCGACAUGGCCAUCGGGCGAUAAAUGGGUCUUAAAAGAUGAGAAAAAUAGGAGCGUCUUUAUCACAGAUCAGUAAAAAAAGGGGGUCAGUGAGGCAGACGAUGCAGGUGCGAGAUCCCGAGUAAGUUUUCCUGUCGAAAGAGGGCACUUUCUGUGCCAGUGUGCGAUGCUUCCCCGAGUCUAAGGCUUUAACUGUUACCGGACCAGUCUGCCGGCGGGAUCGCGGCGCUUGGACAACCUGGAAAACAAGUUGGGAAAAAGCCGGACCACAGCGAGUAAUAAGAAAGGAGUGACUGAGAUGCUGUGUCAGGGCUAGACGGGACGGCGGCACGGGUCACGCUCUGUGGGGGGCGCUCUACUCGGUGAGCCUGCGCACGCCGCCACUGGACCUGCCUUCGGAAGGAAAACGGAUUGAGUAGGAUGUCAACAGAGACAGAGCCGCAGCCAGCUGUCAGACCCAGCGUGCGAAAGGACUCCAGGAGGAAAGGCCAGGACCGCACUGAGGCCGGGCUCAUCAAACGCUUCAAGGGAGAUGGAAUGCGAUACAAGGCCAAGCUGAUCGGCAUCGAUGAGGUGCGGGCGGCUCGAGGAGCCAAGCUCUGCCAAGACUCCAUGAUGAAGAUGAAGGGUAUCGCCGCUAGCGGCCGGUCAAAGGGGGAGCACAAGCAGAAGGUCUUCUUAACGGUCUCGUUCGGGGGCAUCAAGAUCUUUGAUGAAAGGUCGGGGGUCCUUCAGCAUCACCACGCGGUCCAUGAGAUCUCCUACAUCGCCAAGGACAUCACCGACCACCGUGCCUUUGGCUACGUCUGUGGCAAGGAGGGGAACCACCGCUUCAUUGCCAUUAAGACGGCACAGUCUGCGGAACCCGUCAUUCUGGACUUGCGUGACCUCUUCCAGCUGAUCUACGAGAUCAAGCAGCGAGAGGAGCUGGAGAAGAAGGCCCAGAAGGACAAACAGUGCGAGCAAGCCGUCUACCAGACGAUCCUGGAGGAUGAUGUAGAAGACCCUGUGUACCAGUAUAUCGUGUUCGAGGCCGGGCACGAGCUCGUCCGCGAUCCCCAAUCAGAGGAGAGCAUUUAUCAGGUUCCCACGAGCCAGCAGAAGGAGGGUGUCUACGACGUCCCCAAGCGACAUCCCAUAAACAAUACUGGGUCGCUGGUGUGGAUUGACGAGGACGUUAGCUUGACCUGCCAGAAUAUCAGCCAGCUGGAGCUUUUCGGAGAUAUGUCCACUCCCCCUGACGUCACGUCCCCUUCGACCCCCGCCUCUCCUGCCAACACCCUGGGCCCCAGCUUGAGCCACCAACACCCCUCCGAGCACUUUGCCCCCUUCAGCCCCGGCUCUGUGCCCUCAGGUUACGUCACCAUGGGGGCCAUCCAGGCGGCCCAGUGGGCACAGCCCCCAUUUGGUGCCCAGGCCCCGCUGGCUUUCGGGGUGCAGCCCCCCCUGCCGGUCCCUCAGAUUGUCCCCGGCGCCCAGCCCAUGAUCUGGGGGCAGCCUAACCUGUUCCCGACCACCCAGCAGCAGUGGGCUGCCAUGGCGGCCUCCUUCCCUCCCGCCACCUUUGUGUCUGCGCAGACUAUGGGCCCCCUGCCGGCCGCCAUGUUCCAGGGCCUGGCGCCCAUGCCAACACCGAUGGUGCCCCCUAGUGAGCGCCCGACUGUCACAAGCCCCCAGCACGCAGACCACUCCCGGCAGAAGAUGAGCAAGGAGAUGUUUAAGGACUUUCAGAUGGCCAAGCCGCCUCCAGCAUCUGCCCGCAGGGGUGAGCAGCCCUGCCUGGCAGCCACGUCCGACGCUUUCUCCAGCUACUUCAGCCGAGUGGGCAUGGCCCAGGAGACGGACGACUGCGACGACUUCGACAUAUCGCAGCUGAACCUGACACCCGUCACCUCGACAACGCCCUCCACAAACUCACCCCCCACGCCAGCCCCCCGCCAAAGCCCCCCCUCCAAGUCAUCAACCUCGCACGGUAGCGACGCCCCUACCGACGACUCCUGCGGGGAAGCGGACAGCAGUCCCAGUCGCGCCGGAGACCGCCAGGCGGCCAGCGACUCACAGUCGCCCCCUGCUGAACCCCCCUGUGAUCCCCCCUGCGAGCCGCCCAGUCCACAGGAUGGCAGCUAGGGGAGGAGAUGCCCACGUGCCAAUGCUGAGCAAGCGAAGGAGUGAGGAGGAGUCUGCAUAAGCCCACCGGGUCCCGCAGUCGCCGGGGAGACUGUGUGUGUGUGUGUGUGCAUGAGAGAGUGAGAGAGAGAGAGAGAGCGAGAGAGAGGGCACUCGGGCUGGGGGCUGGGUCCCACCUCCCUGACCACAGCACCAGCCCCCCAGCAUGAUCCAUUCCUCUGUUUCCCCAAGCUAUCUUCUCAGAGGGAGUCCUAGGUCAUGAGGGGCUACUGGUUCCCCUCCCCUCCCACCACCACAUACCGGCUCCCCCAGCACUCUCGUUUCUGUCUAUCAUGCUGACUCUGUCCCGACCUGAAAUCGGGCCGGCCUUGCAGGUGGCACUCCUCCAGCAGGAUUUCCCCUCCAGCUCAGGGUCCGACCCCCGGCCUUCGCAGGAGACCAUAUGCCCGAAGCCCGUCUGGCACCCAGUGCAGGCAUUUUCCAGGAGGUUCCUGAAACACCCGCUUUCCUCGCCUUCCUCUUUAUCCUCCAUUCUCUCUGCCGAAUAUCCGCUGCCCGUGUGCUAUGCAGACGAAGCCGCUCCCUUCGACCCCCAGACUGAAGGCACGAGGGGGAAGCUUUGCCAGACUUCUCUCUGAGCGAGGACCCCCAGCAGGGACGUGGGGAGGUCCCGGACUCUCAGAGGCGUGGACGUUGCCAAACCGAUUCACCGACUGACUUGUUUAGUCUCUAUAGCUUUUGUACAACACUGAUCGAAAAAGAUUAAUUAAGAUGAAAUUUUUAUUUUCUAAGCCAAUCAUGCCAUCAAGGUCUAGUGUUUUUGGGGUGUACGUUGCUUUAAGGACUACAAAUGAGGACAUUUCUUUGCAAGAUUUAUUUUGUAAAUAUUACGUGUUCUUCCCCUAACUUCUGUGCCAUAAAACAGACAUGAUUAAGCGAAGACUGAGGAACCUCACCACCUCUCCCACCUGCCCCCUCCUCAGCCACCAGCUUUCCACUUCACUUCUCAUCUCUGGAAUGCUGGCUUAAAAUGGCCACCUUCGCCGCCGACCUCAGUUUACUCCUGGGGGGGGAUGGACAAAAAACAUAUGAUGGGUGUCCAGGAAUGUCGACCGGCGGUGUGAUUUAUCUGGGCGAUGGGAUGAGGCCUUCAGGGUAACUUGAGGGAGUUGCAAAGCGCAGUCCGAUCAUGCGACAUGUCUUCAGAUGGCUGGGUAGGGGGGUCUCUCUCUCCAAUAUGCACUCUUUGCAGGGUGGGGGGUGUACCAUAGGGUUACAUAUGCUGUCGCUUAGCCUCUGCGGUCAGAUGAUGUAUCUGCUUUAGUGGGUGACUACAAAGGAUUCAAGGAUGGUGCUAAAUUUUUGCGGGGGUAGGGGGAGGUUCUCACACACCACUCUGUGUAUCUCUGUAAGUCCCUCACCCCCACAUGCAGAUCGAUUAACUAGGGGACACCCUGUCCACCUGGUGACGGGUUUAUAAUGUCAUGGUUGAACUGGGUUUCUCCAGACCAGUCGUUUUCUCCUGACGUCCACCCAUCUGAGCCUUCUCCUAAAAAUAUUAGUUUGUUUCAUUGCUAAUUAGUGUCAGUGUGUCCGACUAAUUUGAUUAUCAAUUCCUGUCCUCUUCAUUGACACUUCUGUCCUCUGCUGCUUCUCUACAGCCAGAGUCUUAAUUUAAAAAUCAUUUUCCAGCUAAAUUAAUUACAUCAGAAAAUGAGGAGACCUCUCUUCAGAGAUGUUAACCUUACCUCAGAUUAUCACUUUGUUAAUGUAAACUGAUCUUUCUUUAUGAAAACAUUCUAAAGUGAUUUUUAAGGGGUUUUUUUGGAUUUAUGUAUCCCGCCAUGUAAUAACGUCACAAAUAAACAUUUCCUAAAUGAA